AUGCUUAGUCCACCUUCAUCUUCAUACAGAUCUAAUAGUUCACGUCGAAGACGUUCGUCACGUUCACCAUUUGAUCCGAUGUCUCUGUCAAAACGAUCGAAACCAUCUAACUUGCCUGAUUAUUACGAGAGUCAACGCCAUCAGCACGUUGAUCCUUGUGGUUAUACAUCCAUUUGUGUCAAACAGAUCAAUUCGAAAAUCUCAGAUUCAAGAGUUCGAGAAUUGUGUGAUAAGAAAUUUUCGAAAUAUGGUUCACAUACAGUGAAAAUCUUUCAUAAGCCAAAUGAACGUGUGGUAUUUGUCAACUUCACGAAUGCUACGGAUGCACGACGAGCUCGUCAAAGUGAAGCAGAACAUACCUGGGAUGGCAAAGAAGUUUUCUUAGAACCAGUGUUUUAUCGUAAAACCAUUCCUUCUAACACACCAAUCGGUCCUGGAUUACUUCACAAACGUUUUAUAGCGGAUCAACGUUCAACUCACCGAUCGGCACGACGUUCUCCAUCACCUCCAAUCAAUUUUCCAAACCAUUUUUAUCGUCAAACAUCAUUGCAAUACCCACGUCCAAUAUCUUCAUCUUCUCCUCCUCGUUCUCGCCCUUCUCGAUUAUUGCGUCGGAAUUUUCCAUCAUACUUGCCACUGCCACCCGAUUUGAAAGAUUAUAUCGAGAAAAAACCAAAUCGAUCGCAUCGAUGUUCUCCACCUUCCUCAGAUCGUCAUCGUCCUUCUUCGAAACAAUCAUCGAGACAACAACGAAGUCGAAGUCCAGCGAAUCGUCGAUCACCAUCUCAUCGAGCUAAUUCAGAUCAUGAACCUGCCAUUCAACAAGAUCCAUCACGUACUCUAAUUGUUGAAAAUCUCGAACGAAACAUAUCUGAAUCAGAAUUAGAACAAAUCUUCAGCCGAUAUGGCACAAUUGACGACAUUUGUAUCAAAAACUCUCCGUCAUCAUCGAAACGUGCAGCAGCGAUAAUUACAUUUGAAACAAUGGAAAUGGCUUAUCGUGCUCGACAAGCAAUGGAUGGUCAAUCUGUUGGUGAAACCGUAAGCAAGAUUGGCUAUGGUCGAACUGGACCAAGCAGACAUCUGUGGAUCGGAAAUUUAAGUAAACAUGCUAAACGACGUGACCUCGAACAUGCGUUUUCGCGAUAUGGACCGAUUGAAAAGUUCCACUGUUCAUUUGGUAAUUCAUCAGCAAUUGUUACAUAUGUUGAUGUUGAAGAUGCAAUCAAAGCUCGAACGAAACUUAGCGGUGCUAUACAAGUAACUGGUGGACAAAUUAUUUCUGAUCAUUGUGAUCCAUCGACAUUAUCACGUGAAGGAUUUCAUAUUGAUUAUUAUGAUCGUUCGGCCGUGGUUCGCCGUUUCAUUAGUCAACUAGCUCAAAAUUCAUCAAAUCGACGUGAAUCAAGAUCAUCGUCCAAAUCCUCAUCUCAUAAGAGCUCGUCAACAUCUCGAUCAUCAUCUCGUUCACGUUCACAAUCGAAUCAUCCGGAACCAGUCGAACAGACAGAAGAUAUUGCAAUAGAAAAUGUCAAAACGGAAACGCAUUCACGUUCACCAACGCCGUCGAUAGCCAAUCCCAUUAAACAACGGCGAUCAACGGAUGGCAGUCAAACCCCAUCUUUAGCGGAUAUGUCUCCUGUUGCUGGACGAACAUUUCAUGGUCCACUAGGUUCUUAUUUAUCAGCAACUCAUACCGCUGAUAUAACUAGCGUUAAUUCGCUGAUGGUGCUUUGUGAACAAUUGAAUUCUUCAGCAACACAGAACAAUACCGCAUUAUCGACUGUUUAUCCUGUCCAAUUUAUUCUAAAAUCUCAUGCUUAUGAUGCACGGAUGCAUUUUCUUGCUGGAAGUUCAACAUUAGCCAGUAUUCUGCUAGGACAACCAGGUGAUCUCGUUGCAGCGAAGACGGAAUUACGGAUCAUGCAACGACUUCGUCUUGAACAGCAUAAAUUAGAAGAUUUGGAGAAGAAGCUUCGUGCUAAUGUAACUGCUGCGUUAACUACAGCAAGCAACAAUACAAAUUCGAAUGCAACAAAUCAAACACCUAAUGAUUCCACAUCAUUAGCUAGUCGAAAACAAUCGACGCUUCCAAAUCAAACAAGAUUUUCCAUUCUUAUCGCCACACCUAAGAUAUACACCCAAGAUACAACGGCUAAACCACGUCUCGAACAUGACACGAAUGGUCAUAUAAAACAUGAAAAAGCUUCACCAUCACAUCUACCGUCCAAUGGAAAUGAUGAACCUGUUCGAAUCAAAGAAGAAACAAUAGAGAAGACAACUGACGAAGAUGAACCAUUACUUUCACGUUUGAUCUCAUAUUUAGCUGAAAAAGAAGCAGCAGGUGUUAUAUCAGUUCCGUUCUAUCCAACUUAUCAUUAUGAUUACAAUCAUUCUUCUCGACAAGAGACCGCUGUCUUACACAUAUUUCCUCCGUGUCAAUUCACAAAAAAGAUCUUAAAACUAAUCUGCCCGUCGAUAACUUUCUCCGAUGAGAUGGAUGAGAAUGAUAUAUUAAUCGAUUUAGAAACUUUCAAUGAUGCAAUGGUACAUUUCAAAGAAGCCGUCGACGGGAAAGAUUUGGAACGUAUGCCAAUCAUUUUCAAUCAAUUGUUAACUAUUCUCAAACAUAUCAUUGAAACCUAUCGAUUAAUUGAUUCGAUUGAUGUUCUCGAGUAUGCAACUAAACUAAUCCAUCUUUUACAAGAAAUUCAUUCGUCGAACAGUACAGAUUAUAAUCCAGAACCGUUUUCUCAAGCUAUCGAUCAAUUAGCCUUGUGUUUAAGUGCAAGGAUCACCAAUCGUUUUAUCCUUCCACCAUCACCAGUUAACUCCGAUGUCACUGAAACGAAUGAUAAAAGUACGGAUGCACCAAAUCGAGAAAGUGAUGUUUUACUUGAUAUUCUCAUGAAACGAAACGAUGGCGUCGACAUUGCUCACGACCAUGCAAAAUAUCUCUCCAAGUACAUGUUUUCAUUGGUACAUUAUGUGCAAGAGCGAUCUGUUGAAGAACUUAAUCAUGUCGAUCGGACAACAAAAAUACUCAAUCACAGUUCAUUAUCAUCAUUUUUAACAACUUAUCGAUAUUUACCUGGAGUCAAUUUGAUGUUGAAACAAUUGAAGAAAGAUAAUGAGCAUUAUUCGCGAAUUCAAUCGACAUGGAUGGUUUUACAAACGCAUGAAUUCGUGGGAAAACUUGAUUCUUGGCGAACAUAUCAUGAUAGUGUGAGAAAAACAGUGAAAAUUCAGUGGGAUAAAUGCUAUAAACGAUGCCAACAAGCAUCGCAAGCAGUUGAAGACGCUCGUUCAAAUUCCAAAUCAGUUAUUCACCUUCCGACAUCGUCGUCAUCAUCAUCAACAUCGUCAGAUCCGAUCAAUACUUCAGUUAAUCUCUCUAUUUCUCUACCACACACAGCAUUGCAACGUACAGCAUCAUCUCCACCAACAAUUCACACAUCCCCCACUCCAUUAACACUGCCCACAACGAAUGAAACAAAUCUGCAAGCCAUUGUGAAUGAUUUGGAAUUGAAACAAAAAGAACUUCAAUUGACCAAACACGAAACACUAACAAUGCUGAACAAACUGAUUGCGAACACCGAGAAUGUUAUCACCGAAUCGCUAAACACAUACUUUCGUUUAACAGAUUUUCUUAGCAAUGUCUCAUCAACAUAUGUUCCACGUUCGAAAGCUGACUUAAUUUCGUCUUACAGCAGCUAUAUUCAAUCACUUCCACCUUGUGCAACCCAAGAGGAAACCGUUUCGACGAAAGACAACUCAAUCCGACAGAUUCCGAAUAUCAUUCAACUCUGCUGUCAGUGUAUCGAACAACUCGAAGGACACAAAAUCAAGGGAAUCUAUCGUUUAUCAGGUGUGAAAUCCAAAGUUGAUUAUCUCUGCCGACAGUUCGUUCAAGGUGUGGAAUUACAUGAAUCAGAUUUGAUUAACAAUUACUCGGCCAUCGUACUCGCAAAUGCUGUUAAGAAAUAUCUGCGUGAAUUACCUGUUCCAUUACUAUUAAUUGUUGAUUCAUCCGACUCAUCACAUGCACUUCAGACUGAAUUGAUGCAUAUUGGAAAAGAAAUCUGUGUUUCAUCAAAUCAAGUUUCUCCACGAAUCAACGAUCGUUUACGACAAAUUCUCGAACAAAGAGUGUCUUGCCAUGCACGACAAGCCCUAUGUCAUUUGCUUCAACAUUUACAUUUGAUCUCCUUGAGCGAACAAGAAAAUCAAAUGUCUGCCGCUAACUUGGGCAUUGUCUUUGGGCCGACGUUAUUUAAAUCUCAGCAACGAACGGAAGACGAUACUACGCUUUCGACGUUACUCGAAGCACCUUAUCAAGCUAAACUAAUCGAAUAUUUAAUCGUUAAUGUUAAUGAUCUUUUCAUCUCAGAGAUCUAG